AUGUCUUUGAGUAAGACCCUCGAGCUGGAGCACUUUGACGAACGCGAGAAGGUUCGCCGUGGUCGCUCCACCCGCACCAAGAGAGAUGACUCCACUGGUGGCGGUGGCGGUGGAGGUUCUGGCCCCAGUUCCCGUGGCAGCAGCCUGGUCCCUAGCCCGGCCCACAGCGCCAACUGCAGCUACUACCGGACCCGAACCCUGCAGGCGCUCACCUCGGAGAAGCGGGCCAAGAAGGUGCGGUUCUAUCGUAACGGAGACCGGUACUUCAAGGGUCUGGUGUACGCGGUUUCCAGUGACCGGUUCCGGUCCUACGACGCGCUGCUGAUGGAGCUCACGCGCUCGUUGGCGGAUAACUUGCAUCUGCCGCAAGGAGUUCGGACGAUCUACACCAUCGACGGCAGCAAGAAGAUCACCAGCAUGGACGAGCUGGUGGAAGGCGAGUGCUACAUUUGUGCCUCAAACGAGCCUUACCGAAAGGUCGACUACACCAAGAUCUCCGUCCCGAGCUGGAAGCCAGGAGCAGCCACUGGUGCCGUCGCUGGAGCUGCGAGCUCGGGUCGGCCCUCCACGGCGUCCGCGGGGGUGUCGGCGAGCACCCCCGCCGCCCCCGCCGGCUCCUCCAGAGAUCGCCUCGAGGGCCGCGAGGGUCGCGAAGGUCGGGAGGGCCGAGAGAGCAAAGACUUCAUCAAGCCCAAGCUGGUGACGGUGAUCCGCAGCGGCGUGAAGCCUCGUAAGGCGGUGAGGAUCCUCCUGAACAAGAAGACGGCGCACUCCUUCGAUCAGGUGCUCGCCGACAUCACGGAGGCCAUCAAGCUGGACUCCGGGGCGGUGAAGAGGCUUUACACGCUGGAUGGGAAACAGCUGACAUGUCUGCAGGAUUUCUUCGGGGAUGAUGACGUGUUCAUGGCGUGCGGUCCAGAGAAGUUCCGCUACGCUCAGGACGACUUCGUGCUCACACACUGCACCAAAACACCGACUUUUGUUAACGAAUGCAAAGUAAAGGUGCCUCGCUCUACAGCUCAUCCAAAAACUACAACUCCCAAGACCCCUAGCAGCUCCAGCUUGACCUCCUCUAAGACUCCGCCCAGAGUCCCGUCCAGGUCAAAGUCUCCCGGCCCAGCCAAUGAGGCCUCAGGAUCGCAGUCAGCUGGGAAGUCGUCCAGGUCAAGCCCCUCCCCCACCAGCCCCGGAGCACGACGCAGCCUCAAGGUGUCUCCUCGUCGAGCUUCCUCCACGGAUGUAAACGGAGAGGCCGGAGAGUCCGAGCAGCCUGAUGACUCCAUUGUUGAAGUGAACGGUAAUCGCUCCGUUUCCUCCUCCACCAUCAACGAGAAGUACAAAGUGGGUAAAGUGAUCGGGGACGGAAACUUUGCGGUGGUGAAGGACUGCGUGGAGAGGUCGACGGGACAGGAGUACGCUCUGAAGAUCAUUGAUAAAGCUCGCUGCUGUGGGAAGGAGCACCUGAUAGAAAAUGAAGUGGCGGUGCUGCGGAGGGUUAAACAUCCCAGCAUCAUCCAGUUAAUCGAGGUGGACGAAACGCCGAGUCAGCUGUUCCUGGUGAUGGAGCUCGUCAAGGGCGGCGACCUGUUCGACGCCAUCACCUCCUCCACGAAGUACAGCGAGCGUGACUCCAGCGCCAUGGUGUUCAACCUGGCCGGGGCCGUCAAGUACCUGCACCGGAUGAACAUCGUCCACCGAGACAUCAAACCAGAGAACCUGCUGGUGUGUGAGUACCCGGACGGCACCAAGUCGCUGAAGCUGGGCGACUUUGGUUUGGCGACGGUGGUGGAGGGGCCGCUGUACACCGUUUGUGGAACGCCAACGUACGUCGCCCCGGAGAUCAUCGCUGAGACUGGAUACGGUCUGAAGGUGGAUAUCUGGGCGGCCGGAGUGAUCACCUACAUCCUGCUGUGUGGAUUCCCUCCAUUUAGAAGUGAGAACAAUGUCCAGGAGGAGUUGUUCGAUCAGAUCCUCAGAGGGAAGCUGGAGUUUCCGUCUCCGGACUGGGACAACAUCAGCCUCCCAGCAAAGAUGCUGAUUAGUCAGAUGCUGCAGGUGAACGUGGACACUCGAUUCACCGCCGAGGAGGUCCUGUCACACCCCUGGGUGACGGAUGAGGCUCCCGUAGACUCCAACAUUGUGAGCAGCACUGAAGAACAGACCAGUGGAGACGCUCUGGAUCCUGAGCAGGAAUCCCCAAUACUGGAAACCAAACAAGUUCCUUCACCUCUGGUUUAAA